GUCUUACUUGGGCCAGCGAGCUCUCGCAAGCAGUCGCGACAACACUUCACCUCAGAGCCGCCCUCUGAGCCUCUGGAUCACGCUUAACGAUGGCCUCCAUCCUGCUUCGGCUGAUCCACAUCAGCUGCCUAGCGUUGGUCCUUUCGCUGAUCCAGCCCGCCGUCGCCUCCAUCGCGUCGCUAGGCAUUCGCGAUGACACGCCAGCCAACUCAACCGAUCCUGCCUACUCGACUUUCGUCCACGAGCCAAAACCCAACUCUGGCAACUUCACAUUCAGCUUGACAGCUGUUAAAGAGAGCAAUGACCUCUACAUGCAUUUGUUUGCACCGGCCACCUACGAGUGGGUCGGUGUCGGUAUUGGAAAGCACAUGAAAGACGCUGUCAUGUUCAUCAUCUACCAUGAUUCCUCGGGGAAGAACGUGACCUUCUCCCCUCGCAAGGCAAGUGGACACACCGAGCCGACCUAUCAAUCCUCCUUCGACUGUUUUGUGGACGGAAGUAGCCCAAACAUUAUUCCCGGGGACAAGUCCGAGCGUGUUAGCAACUGGUACUCGGUGAACGCCCACUGUAGGAACAUUGCGAAGAUGGCCGACCUGAACUUGAACUCAAAGGAAGCACCCUUUAUUUUCGCCAUCGGACCUGAUGAAUAUACUGUGGAAUCCGACAGCAAAGCAGCGAAUCUCCGAUUUCAUGUCGCGCACGGAAGCUUCACGAUGGACAUGACUCAGGCAACACAACAGAACGCAGAGGGUGCGGGCACGAGUUUUGGGGAUGGCUCACUAAAAGGCUCAAAUAAGAAAGGCUUCCGCGACGAUGGGAAAACCUACGGAACACCAGCUCAUGGUCUCCUGAUGUGCGUGUCAUUCCUCUUCGUCUUCCCCAUUGGAGUGCUGUGCCUGCGGGUAAUGGAGCGCGUCAAACUGCAUUUUGGUACACAAGUUGUGGGCUCUGGACUCGUCAUCAUCGGCAUGGCCUUAGGACUUUGGAUUGGGCAAACGUACAACAAGUCCAAGCAUGUCAAUUCGGCUCACCAGAUACUGGGUUUGAUCGUCGUCGCCCUUCUUGUGAUCCAGUUGUGCCUGGGGUAUUUCCACCACCGCCUCUACCUUCAGACCCGUUUGCCUACGCUUUCGGGUAAGAUCCACCGCAACCUUGGACCGCUUGUUCUCAGCGCAGGCAUUAUCAACGGCGCAUUGGGUUUCCGAUUUGCGGAUGCCCACCGCCACAACAUAUUUUACCUGAUAAUCGCGCUGCUUGUCAUGAUACUCGUUACCUAUGCGCUGUGGUCCAAGACGAGGAAGGACAAGAAAAAGGCCAUGAGUGGCAUGGGGAUCCAUGCUGGCGCACAGCCUGCACCGCCCCCACCGCCCCCACCACCGUACAGCGCGCAUGCCCAAAAUCCUGGAUUGGCCCCAGAUUCUAUUUCUGGACACUACAACCCCAGCGCAAAUUCCAGUCGCUCUGACAUUGCACUGGCAGACAUGGGGUAUGGAGCGCAGCCCACGCAACCGAGGCAGAUGGUAUGAAGCGUUUUCCAUGAGCGCCGGACAAAAUAGCUUUUGAGGUGCUUUCUUAGCCAGUAUGCUUGAGCCCCUUUCCUUGGGCCGUGUGGGGUUCGUUGAGAUUGACAUGUGGAUGCCGAUCCUAACAAGGAAAGCUUUUGCGAUAGCGGGGCAUGCUAUGCUUUGUUUGACUUGGGUCACAGUGGUUUAUUGGAGCUUCAGUAUCUCGUCAUCAGAAUAAUUGAGUCUGCGGCAAGUCGAAGAAGAAAUAAGCUGUAGCUGGUCACGGGCAUCAAAUGUAACAGCGAUGAAUCCUUGCAGGAUAUCGGUAUCUCGGUACCUCCAGAUCUCGAGGUAGAUCGCCCGUCUCCUCCGGCCACCGAGCAGCUCGGGGCCGAGCAGCUCGGGGUUGAUCAGCAAGCUUGCGAGGGUG